AUGGACGUGAUGGACAGCUGUCAGUUCUCCCCUUCCGAGUACUUCUACGACGGCUCCUGUAUCCCAUCCCCCGAGGGCGAUUUCCGAGAGGAGUUCGAGCCCAGAGGGGCUGCCUUCGGUGGGCACAAAGCAGAGUUGCAAGGCUCGGAUGAAGACGAGCACGUGCGAGCGCCUACAGGUCACCACCAGGCUGGCCACUGCCUCAUGUGGGCAUGCAAGGCGUGCAAGAGAAAGUCCACUACCACGGAUCGGAGGAAGGCAGCCACCAUGCGCGAGCGGAGGCGCCUGAAGAAGGUGAACCAGGCUUUUGAGACGCUCAAGAGGUGCACCACGACCAACCCCAACCAGAGGCUGCCCAAGGUGGAGAUCCUCAGGAAUGCCAUCCGCUAUAUCGAGAGCUUGCAAGAGCUCCUGAGGGAGCAGGUGGAAAACUACUACAGCCUCCCGGGACAGAGCUGCUCUGAGCCCACCAGCCCCACCUCCAACUGCUCUGAUGGCAUGCCUGAAUGUAACAGCCCAGUCUGGUCCAGAAAGAGCAGCAGUUUCGACAGCGUCUACUCCCCUGAUGUACCAAAUGUAUUCUCCACAGACAAAAACUCUUUAUCCAGCUUGGAUUGCUUAUCCAGCAUAGUGGAUCGGAUCACCUCCACAGAGCAGCAACCUGGCUUGCCUCUCCAGGACCCUGCCUCUCUCUCCCCAGUGGCCAGCAUCGAUUCACAGCCUGCCACCCCAGGGACCUCGAGCUCCAGGCUCAUCUAUCAUGUGCUAUGA